AAUCCUCUGUUCAAAAAGAGCAGAGAAUUUACUGUGUGAAGGAGUCUGUAUCUGGAGCCAUGAUGUUCAGGUGGAUCAUUCUGGUGUUUGGUUUUGGACUGACAGCAGCAAAACUGACAAGUGAAACAGAAACUGAUGUUGAUCAGGGCCAAGACUGGGACAUCUUUGACAUCAAUAAAGCCGCUGACCUGGACCUGCUGGAGGGAGAUAUAGAACAGGAUAAAAACCUUGACAGAAAUUCCAUCAUAGGAGAUGAGUAUCGCUGGCCAACAACCAUUCCCUACUACCUGGAGGACAGUUUAGACAUCAAUACUAAGGGAGUAAUACUGAAGGCAUUUGAUCAGUACAGACUAAAGACUUGCAUUGACUUUACACCGUGGAAGGGAGAGGAGAACUACAUCUCUGUGUUCAAAGGCAGUGGAUGUUACUCCUCAGUAGGCAACCGGCGUGUUGGGAAGCAGCAGCUGUCCAUUGGUUCAAACUGCGACCGACUGGGCACGGUAGAGCAUGAGUUCCUGCACGCUCUGGGGUUCUGGCAUGAGCAGUCCAGAGCGGACCGCGAUGACUACGUCAACAUUAUAUGGGAACAAAUUGAACCUGGUAAGGAGCACAACUUUAAAACGUAUGAUGACACUGUGUCCAACGCGCUGGGGGUCCCAUAUGACUACGGCUCUGUGAUGCACUACAGUAAGACAGCCUUCAACAUCAACUCUGAGCCCACCAUUGUUACAAAGAUCCCACAAUUCAUGGAUGUGAUUGGUCAGAGGAUGGAAUUCAGUGCCAGUGACCUAGCCAAGCUCAACCUGCUCUACAACUGCACUAAGUCCUCCACCUUUGUAGACAGCUGUAACUUUGAGGAGGAGAACAUCUGUGGGAUGAUUCAGGGUUCCAGCACAGCCAUGUGGGAACAGCGCAGCUCUGUGUCCGGAGGCCCUCACACUGACUUCACCAACAUGGGACAAUGCAAAGGGAAUGGCUACUUCAUGCAUUUCAGCACAGAAUCUGCUGAACCGGGGGAGAGCGCUUCCCUGGAGAGUCGUUGGCUUUACCCCAAAGCUGGAGCUCAGUGUCUGCAGUUCUUCCUCUAUAACACUGGGGCAGCUGAUGAUGUUCUGAACAUUUGGCUCAGAGAGUAUGACCCAGCCAGCCCCAGCGGCAAACUCAACCUAUUCAAGAGCAUUUCAGGAGGAGUGAUGGGGUCCUGGGAGCUGCACACCAUCAACCUGAGCGUGACCCAGAAGGCCCGGCUGGUUUUCGAGGGGGUGAGGGGAGAGAGUCCGUCACAUGGAGGUUUCUCUCUGGAUGACAUCAACCUGUCAUCCACAAAAUGCCCCCAGCACAUCUGGCACAUCCGGAACAUGAGCCACCUGCUGGCCACCAUGCCACCAGGACAGAAACUCUACAGCCCUCGCUUCCUGUCACCAGCCGGUUACUCCUUCCAGGUGGGUGUGUACCUGAACGGACAGAGUAGCACUCCUGGGUACAUGGCUAUCUACUUCCACCUGACAUCAGGUCCCAACAACCACAAUCUGAAGUGGCCGUGUCCAUGGCAACAAGCCACCAUGGCCCUGAUGGAUCAGAAGUCUGAUGUCAGACAGCAGAUGAACAUGCACCGCAUGGUGACCACCGAGCCCAACAAGAUGUCCUCAGACGGUACUGAGUUUUACUGGGACGACCCCAGGAAGGUGGGCUCUGAGGUAACCGGGUCUGACGGCAGCUCUUACUACCGAGGCCCCGGCUACGGAACCAGCACCUUCAUCUCACACAGCGGGCUGAGGAGCAGGAGCUUCAUCAAGGGAGACGACGCCUUCUUCCUACUCAGUCUGGAAGAUGUAUCAGAACUGCUGGCUCCUCAGCCUCUGCCCCAGACUGCAGUCUUCGCUGUUGGCCAUCUGAUUGGAGCAGCAGACCAACCAGCCAGUCAACUCUCUGCAGCUGCAGCAGUGGGAGCGUGUGUAGCAGCAGCCAUGAUGUUGGUGGCCAUGAUGAUUGUGGGUAAUGUCUGGAGGCUGAGGAGAAGGACGAGGAGGAGGGAACAAGAUGUGAGGAGUGACUGCAUGGUCAUAGAGAACAUGCCAGGCUUCAUGGACAGUGAGCAUCCAGCCACAGACUCACCUUCUACUUUAUCUGCUCCAUGAUGGCCAAGAAAAGAAAGAACCACCGACUGCUGACCAGACUGUCCGACGAUUAUCAAACUCUCCAAUAAAAUCUAUGACACCAGUUGUCUUUGACUUUUUCAUCAUCCCUCUAGCUUGCCUGUCGUCAGGGAGACAACACUUCAGUAUAACUAUUAAUGACUUUUUGACCCACUAAUGAAUCAAGAAUCACUAAAGCUGGUAGGACAUUGAUAAAAAAGGGAUUUGUGGAUUUAAAAGGGGCAGUAUUAUAUAAAAUUAGCUUUUUUGAGCCUUGUGUUGUUAUUCCCUCACGAAAAACAUACCUGGAGUGUUGCUUUGAUUCUUCCAUGCAUGUUUGAGAAAUCCUUAAAUCUCCAUGGCAACAAUUCAGCUGUGCAAAAUGUCUGGGUGGAUCUAGCCCCGUCUUCGAGACGCAGCUCCUCCUCAGAGCUGUUCCCUCAAGCUGAAGUUUCCAAGCUGUCGUGACUAAAAGAAGAACUUUUAGGAUCAUCAAGAGUUUUAAAGGUACGUUCAGUAAGGUAGAGACAGGUGGCAAAAAGUAACCACAAGUCACCACACUAUUAAAUGAAGAACUACAGACAUGAUGUUCAGAUCAUCUUAUGAGGGAGAUAUUUGAAAAUAUGCAAGAUUAUAAAUUAGAAAUCAAAAGAGGAGCGAAUACAAUAAACAACCAACCACAAGGAGUUCACAUUAAAAGUUUUAUUGUGAUUUUCUCAAACAGCAUGAGUGCAACAAUUCACACAAAUGGAGGGCAGGAUAAACUCACAAAGUUUCACACAUGUUGCAUGUAUAGUGACCUUUGUCCACUGUGCUUCUGUUUAAGUUGCAGGAGCUGAAAAAACAAUCAUUUCACCUGCGUGACAUUUCAGGAAAAUUAAAGAGCCAAAAUGGCUACUACUCCUCUCAUCAAAACAGUGGCUGCGAGGAAGACUUCCAAGGUCACAGAUUGUCUUCUGACUGUCUUGAAUGGUUCAGACAUUUGUGAAUUGCCAACAGUCACUAUCAAUAAUGUACAAUUUCUCCUUUAAUUCUUAAUGUUUUGGUUUGAUCCAGCUAAGAGCUUUGUUGACCCUUAUAGCUUUGCUGCCUUUUACUUUUCUUUUACGUUAGUUUGUAAGAAGCGAGAUAAAACAGACACAUUGUAGAACAGGCGCUUCGGGUUUGGUUUAAUACUGACAUUUUAAGGCAUUUUAGGGCUGUGCAAAGCAGGAUUGUAAAUGACCUUUAAAGACGUCGUCAACAAAUCUGCUUUCCUAAAAAUUUAGACUAAAAUUCCUUUGGUUUCUGUCUGAUAAAAAUAAAAACAAUUAAACCACGUUGAAAACAAGAGAGAAACAUUUUCCAUGCAACACUGCAUGUUUCUUUUUUCUCAUUUCACAGAUAUGCUUCACAUCCAAAUUCAAAAAAAAAAAAAAAAAAAAAAAGAGUGUUGAGACCUAAGAUGGAAUAGGACAACUCCAGCUACAACCAGACUGCUCUACGUCACCUUCAGCUGAUCGGUGUCAGCAGCAUCCUUGACUGAGCAGAACUUCCUUCCUGUGUGACAUUUUAAGAGCCAAAGUGAAAACUGUCCAAGAUGAGCUCGGAUUCUCAUCGAGUUCCAGUUGUUGUGCGUAUAGGAGAUAAGCCUGGAUGACAGAAAUAAAAGGCUUGCAGCAUUCUCCACUUCACACACACAAUAUUCACUUUGUAUCUGCUGACAAAGGAAUACCAUACACAACUCUGCAACUGAGACCUAGAAAAGCUGUUUCUGGAAAAUGCUACCCAGUUUAAAGUAAACAAACCAUCACUGCACAAUCUUAAUGAGGGAUUGAGGUUUUAUGUGGCAGAUCAACACAAACCAGUGCCUAAUGGUACACGAUGUAACCCAGUGUCCCUCCUCCACCAGCCAAUCAAACAGCUGACUUCUCAUCUACAAGAAGCUGCUACUUAGAUGUUCCUGUAAUCUGGAAUCAGAGCCAUUUCUCCUGGUCCUUGGAGACUAGGAUUGUUCAUUCCUGGUUUAGAUCAAAGCAGAAUGGCCAAGUCAAAGUGCAGUCUUACAAAUCCAAUCAAUUAAGCAUCAGUGGAAAGGCUUGAGACUCACCCUGAACGGGCCCCAGCUGAAGGGCAGUAAAAGGCAGGCUGUUGUAAACUAGCCUUUAGUUCUACACUUUUGGCUCUCUGCCGUAUUGAGAAACGAUUGCAUGCUGGAGAUGUGGACUCUUGAAGUUUUAAAUAAUGUAUCUGAUUUUACCCAGUUGCUAACGUUUAGCCAUGGUAUAAGUAAUGACCAACUUCAUGAAGCUUACAGGAAAUUAUAUGCGCUGUAAACAACCUGGUGAGGAGUAAGGCCACAAGAUCUUUUCCAGCAAUAAAAUGUCUUCAACUCUCUCUUGCUCCGACUUCAGUUGCUCAAUAUAUGGAGGCGUGGCCAACACAGACUGAGCAGCUUCAUUCACUUACUGCACCAACAUUGUCAAACUACAACCCUAUGUUGCUAGGCAACAGUACUAAAACAGCGCAGUAAAUCUAUAUCAUUGUUCACAACGUCUCCUUCUGUUUGCUGAUUGGUUUAAAUUUCAACCAGAGAAAUCCCAGGCGGAGAACUGAAGGGAGAUGAAAAUCGAGUGGAAUUGCACGGGAAGGCAACGGCUAAGCUAAGUAAAAGUACAAAGUAAUUCUUCAUAGUUAUGCACUACUUUGUGUUGGAAUUUCACAUAAAGUCGGAACAAAGUGCAAAAAUGUGAAACGGUUCCAGAAAAUCUUUUUGCAACACGCAGUCCAACUAAUGGACAGAGAUUUAACAGCCUGUAUUCACUAUGUCUUCGCCUGCCACAUGCCCAGUGAUAGCAGUAGCCUGGAAGACAUAGACAUGUUGAUGUCUGAACCAGACUGUGUGUUUUUUUAGGUUUUCUCAGUAGAAAAUAUGGGGAGGGGACAAGUAAAUAUUAUAGAGAAUAUUUUUGCCUUUCACAAAGAAAGGAUAUGAGAAGAGAUCUCAUUCCAGACAGUCUGAAAACUGUGGAGGAGGGAUCUUCAUGUGGAAAGACUAAUGUAGCGUCUUUUGUUGCUCGUUUUCUCACUUAGGGUCUGAAACGCCAGAACUUGUGCAGUUGGAUUUUGACAUUGUUAAUCCAAACACAUCAUGCAUAGGAAGAGAAAAAUUAAAAUAUGCGUAAACUACCAGGUCUACCAGAUCCAUCCUUUUAGACUGCUGUUAAAUGAGCAGAAAACUCUUAUAAUAAUCACUAUUAUAUUGAUUUUAAUGCAUAGUGACUGGGCUGCCGUUUGUACAGAGGCCCAAGACAAACUUGUCAACAUUUUGCAUUUUCUUUCAACAACAAAAAAACCUUUCCCACACAUACAAGGAGUAGGAAGCAUCCAGCAUUUGCUGCAAUAUAAAAAUUAAGCCACUAGAUGUCCCUAGUUCUCAUACUCACUCUUUAAGCAAAAGCUUCACAUUAUAGGUUAGGUUGGUUUUUUGAGUGAUUUUAUCCCUGUUCUUCAGUGUUGUGCCACUGAAUUGCUGUGGCUUAGUGUUUGUGUGCAAACCUGCUAACGACUUUAAAUGCAUCCAAAGCCUGCAGGUUGGGACAUCAAAUAACACCUGGAAAACUGUAAACUGCUGAAGUAGGCAGCAUGAGCAAUUUCUCAAAGGCUCCCCCAACUUGAAUGUACGUAAACUGUCAAAACUUCAAAGAGUUUAAGCAGUUCUUGGCAGCAUAUCUGCAAACUUGCAACACUUAGCCUCUGAUAGACUUGGUGAUUUUGUAUCCCAGUAUCUCCAGAUGAGUCAAAACUUAUCCAAAAAUCUUUCUCCAAAGGGCACGACGUCAAUA